CCUGCGCGGCGCGCCCCUCAUCGCCCCAGCGGCAGCGGACGCGCGGCUCCUUUCCGUAAGCUUCCCGUGUGCUAGGUGCCGGCCGGCUGCGAGGACGUGGUGGGUAGCGCCAACGGAUCCCACAUUACAUUUAGUUGUUGUAUUUCCUUCAUCUCAUCCAGUCCAUGACAGCUCCUCAGGCUUUUUGUCUUUUAUGACCUUGACAGCUUUGAAGAAUACAGUUUCCUAGGUCUGACAGCUUUUGUCUUUGAAGUUGGCUCCUGUCCUGACUGCGGAGGAUAAGAGAUUGAAAUCACGAAAGAUAAACGUGUUCUUAAGAGAAAAAGAGGAAAUCUGUGUACUUUAUUGUCGGCUUCCAAAGAUUACUAACUUUUAUCUGUAUCGUUAAAAUUGAACUGCCUUGGCUAAACUGCUACUCUUACCUGCUGCUUCCAUUAUUGCCUUCUUCAGCAAAAUAAGGCUCUCUGAAGCCCAAGAAUUACAAGAAAUAAACACCAUUUUUAGAAGCCUUGCCACUAUGAAACUUAAGCUAAAUGUGCUCACCAUUAUUUUGCUGCCUGUCCACUUGUUAAUAACAAUAUACAGUGCCCUUAUAUUUAUUCCAUGGUAUUUUCUUACCAAUGCCAAGAAGAAAAACGCUAUGGCAAAGAGAAUAAAAGCUAAGCCCACUUCAGACAAACCUGGAAGUCCGUACCGCUCUGUCACACACUUCGACUCACUAGCUGUCAUAGACAUCCCUGGAGCAGACACUCUGGAUAAAUUAUUUGAUCAUGCUGUUUCCAAGUUUGGGAAGAAGGACAGCCUUGGGACCAGGGAACUCCUAAGUGAAGAAAAUGAAAUGCAGCCAAACGGAAAGGUUUUUAAGAAGUUAAUUCUUGGGAAUUAUAAAUGGAUGAACUACGUCGAAGUGAACCACAGAGUGAGUAACUUUGGUAGUGGACUCACUGCUUUGGGAUUAAAACCAAAGAGCACUAUUGCCAUUUUCUGUGAGACCAGGGCUGAGUGGAUGAUUACAGCACAGACCUGCUUUAAGUACAACUUUCCUCUUGUGACUUUAUAUGCCACACUUGGCAGAGAAGCUGUAGUUCAUGGGUUAAAUGAAUCUGAGGCUACCUAUCUGAUUACUAGUAUUGAACUUCUGGAAAAUAAGCUUAAGGCUGCAUUGUUAGAUAUCAAUUGUGUUAAGCACAUCAUUUAUGUGGACAGUAAGACUAUCAAUAAAGCAGAAUAUGCUGAAGGAUUUGAGAUUCACAGCAUGCAAUCAGUAGAAGAGUUGGGAUCCAAGCCAGAAAACUUGAGCAUUCCUCCAGCUAGACCAACUCCUUCGGACCUGGCUAUCGUCAUGUAUACCAGCGGUUCUACUGGCCGACCUAAGGGGGUGAUGAUGCAUCAUAGCAAUCUGAUAGCUGGAAUGACAGGCCAGUGUGAGAGAAUUCCUGGCCUUGGACCAAAGGACACAUAUAUUGGUUACUUGCCUUUGGCUCAUGUAUUAGAAUUGACAGCAGAGAUAUCUUGCUUUACCUAUGGAUGUAGGAUUGGAUAUUCUUCUCCACUUACACUCUCUGACCAGUCCAGCAAAAUCAAAAAGGGAAGCAAAGGAGAUUGUACUGUACUGAAGCCUACACUCAUGGCAGCUGUUCCAGAGAUCAUGGAUAGAAUUUAUAAGAAUGUUAUGAGCAAAGUCCAAGAGAUGAAUUAUAUUCAGAAAACUCUGUUCAAGAUAGGGUAUGAUUACAAAUUGGAACAGAUCAAAAAGGGUUAUGAUGCCCCACUUUGCAAUCUGAUACUGUUUAAGAAGGUGAAGGCUUUGCUAGGAGGGAAUGUCCGUAUGAUGCUGUCUGGUGGAGCACCACUGUCUCCUCAGACACACCGGUUCAUGAAUGUCUGCUUCUGCUGCCCAGUUGGCCAAGGUUAUGGACUGACAGAAUCGUGUGGUGCUGGGACAGUUACUGAAGUUACUGACUAUACUACUGGCAGAGUUGGAGCCCCUCUUAUUUGCUGUGAAAUUAAACUAAAAGACUGGCAGGAAGGUGGUUACACAGUUCAUGACAAACCAAACCCCAGAGGCGAAAUCGUAAUCGGUGGACAGAAUAUCUCCAUGGGGUAUUUUAAAAAUGAAGAAAAAACAGCAGAGGAUUAUUCUGUGGAUGAAAAUGGCCAAAGGUGGUUUUGCACUGGUGAUAUUGGAGAAUUUCAUCCAGAUGGGUGUUUACAGAUUAUAGAUCGCAAAAAAGAUCUGGUGAAGUUGCAAGCAGGAGAAUAUGUAUCUCUUGGGAAAGUGGAAGCUGCUUUGAAGAACUGUCCACUUAUUGACAAUAUCUGUGCUUUUGCCAAAAGUGACCAGUCCUAUGUGAUCAGUUUUGUGGUUCCUAAUCAGAAAAGGUUGACACUUUUGGCACAACAGAAAGGGGUGGAAGGAACUUGGGUUGAUAUCUGCAAUAAUCCUGCCAUGGAAGCUGAAAUACUGAAAGAAAUUAGAGAAGCUGCAAAUACCAUGAAAUUGGAGCGAUUUGAAAUUCCAAUCAAGGUCCGCUUAAGUCCGGAGCCAUGGACCCCUGAAACUGGUCUGGUCACUGAUGCUUUCAAACUGAAGAGGAAGGAACUGAAGAACCAUUAUCUCAAAGACAUUGAGCGGAUGUAUGGGGGCAAAUAAAAUGCUGCUCUCUUA